CGUAGGCAAUAUAUACUCAUUUGGGCUAGGCAUUAAGGCACACUCAAUUGGGAUCGAAUGGAAUGAAGGAAGGAAUCACCGCAGAGUCUAAUUACCUCCUUCUCCGCCACAUCUCCCAAAUAAUUCACAUUGCAAACUCGGCAUUAUCUUCCCACGCCUACGCUGUGUAUCUGCCAUUGCAACCAUGGCGACCAAGAGGAAGACAAUUCUAAUCACAGGCUGCUCUUCUGGGGGUAUUGGUGCCGCCCUUGCCCGCGCCUUGGCCAACCAGGGCCACCACGUCUUUGCGACGGCGCGGAACACCGCCAAGAUACCCGCCGAACUCACCGAGUUAUCCAACGUCUCGACGCUGCAGCUCGACGUCACAUCACCCACCUCAGUCGCACACGCCGCAAGUGUCGUCGGCGAAGUCACGGGGCAGCUGCAGGGCGUCAGGGGACUCGAUGUGCUGGUCAACAACGCCGGAUUCGGGUACACGAUGCCGAUCCUCGAUAUCGACAUAGAGGAGGCUCAGAAGGUCUACGACACGAAUGUUUGGGGGCCAUUGAGAACCAUCCAGACCUUUUCCGACCUCCUGAUUGCGAGGAAAGGACGCGUGGUCAAUGUGAGCAGCCUGAGUGCAGUUCUGAACCCGCCGUGGUAUGCGACGUAUGCCUCCUCUAAGGCGGCCCUAACUACCCUGUCCGAGACGCUGCGCCUCGAGCUCGCCCCCUUCGGCGUCAGCGUCGUCACCAUCAUGCUCGGCACCAUCGCCACAUCGUUCCACACCAACGAGCCCACCCUCGUGCUGCCGCCCACGUCGCGGUACGCUGCCGCCCUCGACGCCAUCACCACCUGGUCAAAAGGUGAAGCUGGUCCCCAGAGGGCCCCCCUCGAGGACGCUGUGAAGUCGCUGCUCCCCGACAUUGUUGGGGAGUCGAAGAGCGGACAGACAUGGAGGGGCCCAUUUAGUGCGAUUGUUAGGUUUGCGUCAACAUGGUUGCCAACGUUUAUUCUUGACUACCAGCUCAGCGCAGGACAUGGACUCGAUAUGGUGUCUGAGAGUCUGAAGAAAUAAUUAGAAGUAGCUUGAUUUGUUUUCGACGGUGAAAUGUGUCAACACAUUCUAUUUAAUACACCAUUACACCAUAUUACCUCAUUUAUCGUCACUCUUGUCUCCCUUACGAUCCAGAUUCCCAAAUCCCACCCUGGAUUG